UUCAUCCACACACUCGCACAGUCUACUUAUCCACUCUCACCAACCUUCUCCUCAAAAACUCGCUCCAUUUCCAGAACCAGUAACAACAAGAGAGAGAAAAUGGCGUGUGCAGCUUCAUCCUCCGCAAUUCUCUCUCCAAACUCUAGGGUUUUCGCAUCUUAAUCUCAUGCUCCCAUGGCAGCAGCUUCCGUUUCUUCUCUCCCCAAACCCUUCUCUCCCUAAACCCUUCUCUCAAACCCUAACUCUUUCUUCCAACUUCAAUGGCGUCCGCAAAUCCUUUCAAUCUCCUCGCCGCGCUCAAUCCUCUAGGAGCAGCUUCGUCGUUCGCGCUUCUGCUGAGCUUCCCUUAGUUGGAAAUGUUGCACCAGACUUUGAGGCAGAGGCUGUUUUCGACCAAGAGUUCAUUAAUGUAAAACUUUCCGAUUACAGGGGAAAGAAAUAUGUAAUUUUGUUUUUUUACCCGUUGGAUUUCACAUUUGUUUGCCCUACUGAGAUCACUGCUUUCAGUGACCAUCACGGGGAGUUUGAGAAGUUGAACACUGAAAUGCAAGACACACUCAAUUUCCCCACCGCCUCCGCCUCCGCCACCAAAAAACUCCUUACUCCUCCCUCAAAUCCUAACUUCCUUCCGAAAACCCCUAACUCCCCUUCAUUCCCCCGCCGCAAAACCACAAAUUUCCCCACCCUCUCCACCAAAACCACCACCAUCCACCCUCUCAAACCCUCCAAAUACCAACCUUUACCCUCCACCCCACCACCACCACCACCACCCUCAACCACCACCGUUCCCACUUCCCCUGACCCAGAAUUCCAAGAAAAAGCCCUAUUCUUAGACUCUAUUGGCCUAGACGACUCACUCUCUCUUCUCCCUCCAUCCGCGAUCGCCGCCUCCCCACCUCUCUCCGACCUCAAAUCCUUCUUUGAUUACCUCACCUCGCUCGGCUUCUCCCCGCCGCAGCUCCGCCGUAUCGUGACCAUGUCCCCGGAAAUCCUUUCACUUCGCCUCCAAGACGCUGCCCCGGUUUUCGCCUUCCUCCUCCGGGAAGUGAAGGUCCCUGCUUCCGACCUGACACGAGUAAUCUGCCGCCGCCCCCGCCUCCUGGUGUCCGAUGUCGAAACCCGGCUGAGACCCACCUUGUAUUUCCUCCAGAGCAUCGGAAUUCAUGAGGUAAACAAGCACACUAACCUCCUUUCAUCUUCGGUUGAGGAUAAGUACCUGCCGAAAAUAGACUACUUUGAGAAAGUUGGUUUUGCAUACCGUGAUUCAGUUUCCAUGUUUAGGAGGUUUCCAGCAUUAUUUUGUUAUAGUGUGAAGGAGAAUUUUGAGCCGAAAUAUAGUUACUUUGUGGUGGAAAUGGGAAGGGAUUUGAAGGAAUUGAAGCAGUUUCCUCAAUACUUUUCGUUUAGUUUAGAGAAGAGGAUUAAGCCUAGGCAUCAAGUUUGUGUAGAAACUGGGGUUUGUUUCCCUCUUCCUUUAAUGUUGAAGAUGAAGGAGCAGGAGUUUGAAAAGCGAUUGGAUGCUUGUUGUAAUUCUUCUAUGCCUAGGACUGGUUCCCCUUUGUGGGGUGUGCAAAUUGACAAAUGAUUUGUUUGUUUUUUUCGGUGUUA